AUGGACGAUCAUUGUGAAAGAGGUAGGAGAAGAAGGGACCAUACUCUUUCCCCUAAUCGUUACUUCGCUCCUUUGCAAGCCCUACGGCUUCUCCAGAGCAACUCCAUGUUGCCCGCCGUAGGCACUUUCCAGAGGAGGGUGUCUAUGCCCGUUCCAUAUGGUAUCCACGUUCUGGAUAAUGAAUUCGGUGACGAUUACCAGUUCCUAUUUCUCGAUAACCCGGCUGCGCGUUCCCAAACGGCGAGAAAGCCGACGGCGUUUCAUCUUCAUCCUCAGUCGUACCUGUUCCACAAGUGGAGAAGGGGAGAGAGGAAAGAUUGUAUGGAAUCAAGCAUCGAGUGCAUAUCAACCAUUGAUGGGGUGGAUGAAGAUGAGAUCUCUACGAGCAAAUGGGACAACCGGAAAGAGUUAAUUUGGUUGAUCUUGGCCCAGACAGAGGAACUCCUUUGGCCUACUUUAUGCAAUCUCAGGUGUUUAGGAAAUGAUAAUCUGUUGAUAGUGUUAUCAAAUGGUGGCUGUCGCGCAGCACUGCAAACCCUUGACGAGCAGAGCUCUAGCCACCGCCGAAAUCUCAAUGUGCCUCAGCCGAAGAUCCACCAUGUCGUUGUGACAAAACGCGUACAAAGC